UUCAAAAAUGCUCCUGCGCGCUUCGAGCGCGGUGGCAUUGAGUACGCGCACUGGCUCGACGGCGACGGCUAUGUGACCUCGCUGGCGCUCGACGACGGCAUGGCCACAUGGAGCGCACGCUACGUGCGAACUGAUGCCUUCGACAACGAGGAUGCGAGCGACGCAGUCGAGUGGCGCACGACUUUUGGGACGCAGAAGCCGGGUGGCGUGCUCGCCAAUGCAAUGGAUAUCAAGCUGAAGAGCCCUGCCAAUACGAACGUGAUGCUCUUCGGCGAUAAGCUCUAUGCGUUAUGGGAGGCAGGUCCACCCUAUGCGCUGGAUCCUCACACGCUCGAGUGCCAGGGCGCCAGCGAUCUCGGCGGGCGGCUGCGGCUCAGCAGCUCGCACGGCGCGCUGCCC